CGCCCCGCCUCCGCGCCGCCCCGCGCAGGCGCGGGCCGGGCCGGCGGGAGGCGCGGAAGGUGUUCUCGCUGGCGCGCGGGUUGGUCUGGGUGUCGCGGCCCCAUGUCCCGCCGGGAGCCAUCGCCGCCCCGGGAGGCCGCGACUCAGCCCAGCCAGCCGCCGUCGGGCUCCUCGGCCAGCUCCUCCUCGGGCACGCUCAGCUCCCUGGAGACCCUCCCCGCGCACGACCUGCCCGCCAUCCCCGAGGACCCGGACCCGGCGGCGGCGGGGGACGCGCCUCGGCCCUGGGGACACCUCUACGGGCUGGCCAGGGGCUUUCCCGACUGCGUCUGCCUGAAAAACGAGUACUGGUUCGGGCGCGACCCCAGCUGCGACUACAGCUUUUCAAGGCUGGACUUGCCCAAGAGCGAAGCCUACCGGCAGUAUAGCAAGAAGCAUUUCCGCAUCUUCAGAGAACCAGGACCCCGGGGCUGUUUCGUGACUUACCUCGAAGACCAAAGCGCAAAUGGGACUUUUGUCAAUGACUGCAUGGUGGGCAGGGGCAGGAAGAUUCCUCUGGCUCACGUGGCCAAAAUUGCCCUGUCUCUGCCUCACAACAAAGUGUUUGUGUUCUCUGACCUCGUGGAGGCCAGUCAUCAGCUGGAGUAUCCCAAGGAACUGCAGGAGAAAUACGUCAUCUCAAAGACGCUGGGCAGUGGGGCCUGUGGAGAGGUGAAGCUGGCCUUUGAAAAGGACACCUAUAGCAAAGUUGCCAUAAAAAUCAUAAAGAAGGGGAAGUUUAUGACUGAUGUUUUGCCAGGAACGCAGGACAGGCCUUUUAACAUUGAAACAGAAGUGGAGAUCUUAAAGAAGAUCAACCAUCCCUGUCUAAUCAAGAUAAUAGAUUUCUUUGAAGGAAAAGACUUUUACAUUGUGUUGGAAUUGAUGGAAGGUGGGGAACUGUUUGAGAAGGUUCAGCGACCAGCACGGUUGAGUGAAAGAACUUGCAAACUUUAUUUCUACCAGAUGUUGUUGGCUGUACAGUACCUUCACGAACAUGGCAUAAUUCACCGGGAUUUGAAAUUGGAGAACGUGCUUUUAUCAUCUAUGGAAGAGAACUGCCUUGUCAAGAUUACAGAUUUUGGGCAAUCCAAAAUCGUUGGAGAAACUUCUCUCAUGCAAACAUUAUGUGGCACUCCUGACUACCUUGCUCCCGAAGUUCUACAUUUUGCUGGAACAGCUGGGUAUGGACGAUCCGUGGACUGUUGGAGCCUUGGAGUGAUUCUCUUUAUGUGCCUCUCUGGCUACCCACCCUUCUAUGAGAAACGUGCUCAGCUGCCUCUGAGGGAGCAGAUCGCCAGGGGAGACUACUGUUACGUUGAAGAAGCGUGGAAGAACGUAUCCAAAGAUGCUUUUGACCUGGUUCAGAAGUUGCUAGUUGUGGACCCCACCCGGCGCUUGAAAAUAGGAGAGGCCUUGGCACAUCCCUGGCUGCAGGAUGAAAACAUGCGGGGUACUUUUCAACAGCUGCUUGCUCGAACACAGGACCUGAGGUUUAAGCCGGGGCCUCUGACCGUGGCGCCCCCAGGCAGAAAGAGAGACCCGGCGCGGGAGGAGGAGGAGCCCGGACCUUCCAAGAGACGGAGAGCGGAGCCGGGGCCUUGACGGCGGCGCCGGAACCCUUUUUUUACUAAUAAAGCUUGAGAACGG